CCGCCGCCUGCAUUCCGGACCCCAACCCGCGCCUGCGCCACGCCGAUGCCAAACCUGGCAGUCGCCACCUCGGGAGCCUCCGGCGUCGCCUUCGCAAACUUGAGCGGCCCUGGCGAGGGCGGAGGCGGCCAGAGGAGCCGGGCUCGGCUGCCUCCCUGCCCCUCACCUUGCGCGCCGCCCCUCUUCCCCUGCGCGCUGCGCCCUCCUUGCCCGCCAGCUCGCCGGGCUUUCUGAUCCCGGCGCCUGAGCGCUCGGGGGCUUCGGCGCUGCCCGCCCGGCUCUGCCCCGGCCAGCAGCCUGCUGAUCGCGCCCUCCGCCGCCCGUCUCGCUCCCCUCCCUGCUUGCGCGGGUGAGAGGCGCGCCGGGGGGAGCAGCGAAGCGCUCCCCUCUUUUCGCAGCGGCCGUGCGCUUGGCCGUCCCUGCUGCUGCCGCCUGCAACUCCAUGGCUGGGCAACAGUGGGACUGGUUUCAGCGGGAGGAGAUGAUCGGGCAGAUUAGCGACAUGCGAGUUCAAAACCUCCAAGUGGAGAGGGAAAAUGUACAGAAAAGGACAUUUACCCGGUGGAUAAAUCUGCAUUUGGAAAAGUGCAGCCCUCCUCUGGAAGUGAAAGAUUUGUUUGUUGAUAUUAAAGAUGGCAAAAUUUUGAUGGCCUUACUGGAGGUUCUCUCAGGACAAAAUCUGCUGCACGAGUACAAGCCCUCGACCCAUCGCAUUUUUCGUCUCAACAAUAUUGCAAAAGCCCUUAAAUUUUUGGAGGACAGCAAUGUAAAACUGGUUAGCAUUGAUGCUGCGGAAAUAGCAGAUGGAAACUCUUCCAUGGUCCUGGGCCUGAUAUGGAACGUAAUCCUGUUUUUUCAGAUUAAGGAACUUACAGGCAACCUCAAUAGAAAUUCCUCCUCUUCCAGCUUGUCAUCUGGGCCCAGCGGGCCUGACUCAGACACAUCUCAUCCCAGCACCCCUAAUGUUGAGAGAAGCAUGUCUGUCUCAGUGAAGGAUCAGCGAAAAGCAAUCAAGGCCCUUUUAACCUGGGUUCAAAGGAAAACUAGAAAGUAUGGAGUUGCAGUUCAGGAUUUCACCAGCAGUUGGCGAAGUGGUCUUGCUUUCUUAGCUAUAAUCAAAGCAAUAGAUUCUAGCUUGGUAGACAUUAAGCAAGCUUUGGAUAAAUCAUCUCGAGAAAAUUUGGAGGAUGCCUUCACUAUCGCGCAAGACCAUCUGGGUAUUCCAAGACUCCUGGAGCCAGAAGACAUCAUGGUCGAAUCACCUGACGAACAAUCAGUGGUGACCUAUAUUGCACAAUUCUUGGAGCAUUUCCCAGAACUGGAAGGGGAAGAUUUUUCAGACCCAGACAAGGAAUUUCCAAUUGAAUCUACUUAUGUCCAUGUCAAAGACACACCAGGGGAAGAAAAACCAGAGAAGAUCUUAAUUCUGAAUGAAAACGGAGGACAUGCUUACACCACUCACUGGGACAGAAGCCAGUCGCCGCCUCCAAAAAUCCAUGUUCUUGGUCUGCCUCUUGAUCAGGAGGACCAGAAUCUGUAUACGGCGAAUAAACUCCACGACAACCUACAUCAAUCAUUAUCUGAUGACUCAGAGACUCUCACAGAAUUGCUGCAUUCAGAAGAUCCUCAGAGACCCACCUCUCUGCCAGUUAUAGAAUCUGUUGGUUUUCAGUCCAGCCCUGUUACUAACAUUCUUGCCGAUAAACUAAAUGGGCCUGAAGGACAUCCAGUGAACACGCACGAUUCGCCGAAGAAGAAUGAUGAGCUUCCACCUAAAGUCCUUGUGAAUAGCGGCAAAUAUUUUAUUGACCCGUUUGGUUCUUCAGAAGACUCAGCUCAAGAAUCUCUUGAUGGAAAGACUUGCUCAUUACCUCAGGCUUCAUAUGAAUCAGGUCUGAGGAAGGAAUCUGUCCAGCCCCCAUCAGGUUCUCCAGUGGAACAGACUGCAAAUCAAUAUGUAUUACAAAUGCUGCACGAGGAGAUAGCUAAACUUCCAGAAACGCUUUAUUCCGGUGACUUAGAAGCCGAGACAUCUAAUUUCACGGAUAAUUCAGAGACGUCUUUACCUUCUCCAUCUGAACGUCUCUCCCUACCAAUUAGAAACACUCCCAAGAGCUUAGAUAUUACUAAUGAAGGCACCUCGUUGCCUCGAAUGAUAACAAAUUCUUCUAAAGUUUCUGUAAUUCCCCAUGACCUCUUUUAUUAUCCUCAUUAUGACGUUCCUAUCUCAGAAGUCCUGGAUGCCUUUGCUGCCCCUGGCAUGGAUUCUUCUCUUUCUGAAAACAAUAAAAUCUGUCCUGAGGUUUUAGGGAACAGUUUAGCUGAGAAAGAGUCACUUGCCCUCACUCACAAUGAGGCUCAUCUAAAGCUAGGCCAGUCUGCCAAUGCGGAGGUCUCACCAACACCAACUGAUGACAAAAUCUUAGGAAAACAAAAGAAAAACAGUUGCAGCCUUACCAAGUCUUCCCUGAACAAUUCAGAGGUUACUGUAGUGGGAAAGAGUGCUGUGCCUAAAGCCAAGAGUAAUGUCACCUCUUCUCAGAAAGAUUCUACACGCUCUGAUGUCCCUGCGAUCGUGGUAAACCAAUUUGAUACUACAGUAGCGCCGGAAGAAAGAAAAACGACAGAAGAAAGAACUAAAAGAAAAGAAAAAAGGAAGAACAAGGCCAUUUUCCAAGGAGAAAAUGCCCAAGGUGCAAAAGCUGGCUCUACUCGGUUGCUAGAUAAGCUAGAAGAAGAUUCUGCUGAUCAUCAGGGGCUCUCAAGGGCCUGCCACAGUGAUCCCAACGUUGUUUUCCAAAGAACCACUGAUUCAGCCAGUAAGGAAAGCGGUAGUACAGAUGAACAGAAAAGCGUAGCUGCAAGUGAAAGUUUGACUUCAACCAGGAAGAGAAAAGGCCUAGAAAAGGACGGUCCAGACAAGGCAGUUCCACAAAGCAGCACUUCGCGGUCAGACCAGCCUGAACUGUUUUAUUUCAUCAUUUUCCUCUGGGUGCUUGUCUAUUGCUUAUUGCUCCUCCCACAGCUUAUUAGCAGCUCCCUUUGAUCCCUGUGAGUGAGUCAGAAUAAUAAAAGACAGCGGCUUGAUUUGU